UCGACAUUUAGAAAUGGCGCGAGUUGGACUUCUGGAAUGCUUCUUGCUUCUUGUGUUACAGGAUAGAUAUCUACUAGUGCAUGCAGAACAAAUGUCAGCUCGCGAGGCCCUGGAGUAUGUGGCCUAUGUGGAGAGCAAUAAUUGUACCGUAGGAACAGGAAAUUCUCUUCAGCUCCAAUUUGACUCCACGGUGUGGAGUACAUAUGCACUCGCUGCUGUGCGAACUUCUAACUUUCUCUCAAAAUUUAUCACUGAUAACAACAACAACAUGUCUUCAGUCUCAGAAAAUAUACUGUACUCUCUUGUCACAAACAAUGUCCAUCUGGAGUCGGUGAUAUUCGGGUCCGCCAUUGCCUUUGAGCCUGAUGUCUCUCUCUCCUAUCCGCUUUUCUGUCCUUACGCCUACAAAGUCACAGACAAAAACUCCACAGUGACUGUGAAUGCCAUCGACCUUUCCGUCUAUUAUAACUACACCGACCCAGAGACGGAAUGGUACCACACUCUCCGUUUCCAAAACUACUCCAACAUUACCAUAGUGACCGACCAAGUUCAGUUCAGAAGUGGGAACUCCCUGCGGCCCGCUGUUGACGUCAUCCAACCGGUGGCGAGUCUAGAAGACGGGCGAUGGACCAACCCUUACUAUGACUGCGGGGGCGGAAACAUUUGGAUGGUGACGUACUCGUCGCCAUUCUUCGGACUGUCAUCAGAUCAGCGGUCUGUCAUCUUUAGAGGCGUGGCAACUAUUGACAUCGAACUUACCAAUAUAGAUGUUAACCAAUGCGACUCUGACUUGUCGUCUGCCAAAGGAGCCUUAGAUAUUUUUAGAGGAACUCACAACUGUCAACCAACUACUGUAUGCGUAUUUACGCCAGGCAAAGGGUUUACUCGAGGUGCCUACAUGUGUGAGUGUGCCCCAGGGUACUUCUUCCCGGACAUUCACGCGGCAGAGAAAUAUUAUAACGGCAGCGACAUUGAGGAGGACAUCACAACGAACAAUAGGACUCUGAUGACGUCAUCAACGCGAUACAGAUGUAGUCGGUGCGCACCCGGAUGUGACGUGUGCACCGACGCUUCUCCGUGUAUCUUCACCAGAAACGUUUAUAUUAAGGCCAUCAUUCUCGUCUUGACCAUCAUCACUAUCUUUGUUAUCAUCAUCGUAUCGGUGAUCAUAUUUCAUCUGAGAGAAAGCAAGGUAAUUAAAAGCGGAAGUCCAAUUUUCCUGCUAUUGAUGUGCGCCGGAAGUACCUUGAUGUGCCUUCAGUUGUUUGUGAUGUUUCCCGACGCAGACGAUAUUCUAUGUAAGGUACUGCCCUGGCCGUAUCACGUGGGCUUUGUCAUGCUCUAUGGAUCCCUUCUACUAAAAACAUGGAGGAUAUCAGUGAUAUUCAGACAGGGUCAGUUUAAACGAGUGCAUUUGCCAGACAAAACGCUCAUUCGUCGAUUCGUCCCCAUCGUUGCUAUAACAGUUGGUUAUCUGGUAGCCUGGUCAUCAGCAAAUAGAAACGCUACACAAACCAGGGAAACCAAUUCCGGAUUAAAGUUCAGCAUGUGCACGGAGAACUGGUGGUCAUACUCCGCCUAUGGAUUGGAAGUAUUCAUGCUCUUAUUCGGAGUGUAUCUGUGUUUUACGGUGCGAAAAGCUCCAGCCUCAUUCAACGAAAGUAAACAUAUCACGUGGUCAAUAUACAACGCCAUUAUUCUCAGUACAUUCAUCUUGAUUAUAGUACAAUUUGUGGCUGAAACAUCGGGUCCUGACUUGAUAUACAUCUUGUAUUUUUUGAAUUGUCAAGUUGUUGUUACCAUAACAAUGGUGCUGAUACUCGCCCCAAAGUUUUACGCCGUCCAUAUGAAAUUAGACGUCCGGCGCAGAGACAGCUUGCCAACCAUUGCCGGAAAUAUAGCGUCACAGCUUCCAAAGCCACAGCGAUCCAUCGGAGUUCAAACUUCAUUCAAUGGGGAUGAAAACGAGAUUAAAUCAAACGGAACAACGUGGCUUCCUUUCAGCAAACGGUCCCGAGUCCGACCGCUAGAUGUUCCGUCCAGUAACAAAUACGAGGCUUCUUUGACAAUAGAUUCAAUCAAAAGCCCGGUCUGACAUACGGACAACAAAAUAUAAAGUCAUCCCAAAAGUUCCAAUUCUGAGGGGAAGCAACGCCACAAUCAAAAUUUAGUUACAUAUCAAAUACUCAUCACAUAUCACACUGUAUCGCUAUGUUAAAAGGUGACGGUGUAUCAAUAGUGUCAGUGUGGUAUUCUUACCAUUAUAUCACGUGGUUACCAAUUAGAUGUAUCGGAAUCUACAUUGAAACAAGCAGACGAUUAAUCAUCAUUUAUACCUCUCGCAAACAUUGUUUGGGAAGUAUAUUGGUUUCAAACCCUCCGUCAGAAGACGCAUUUUGUCUAGAGAUUUUUCGGAGGCUGUUCAUUAACUUUACAUCAAAUUUUGUUGAAAUAAUGUAGUACUUGAUAUCAUGUAAAGCUGAGCUUUAUACGCUCGUCAUUAGACGGCAAGUAUUAUGUUAUGGCGCUGUCCGUGUGUCUGUCUGGCUGGAUGUCCGUCCGUCCGGGGUAAUGUUUUCCGGACCCUUCUCCGUAAAGGAUGUAUGUUCAACUUUGAUUGGUCCAUCCUUGACCUACUUUAGGGCUAUAAGUAGGUCAAACAGUUCUCCGGACUUUUUUCGUUACAAAUACAGAUAUUGCCCUGAAAUUUACACCUAAGCUUCCUUUCAGAGGAAUAUAAGUUCAGUUUGCAUUUCAGCUGGAUUGUUCCGUCUGUCCGUAACCUACAUUAGGACUAAAAGUAGGUCAAACAGUUUUCCAGGCUUUUUUUCAUUAUGGAUACAGAUAUUGCCCUGAAAUUUAGUCAAAGGUUUCCUCUUGGAGGAAUACAAGUUCAGUUUGCCUUUCAGCUGGAUUGGCGCACUACGACCUACAGUACUUUAGGGGUAGAAGUAGGUCAAACAGUUUUCCAUAUUUUUUUGUUAUGAUCACAGAUAUUGCUCUGAAAUUUAGUCACAACCUCCCUCUCGGAGAAAUACGUAAUCAGUUCACAUUUCGACUUAAUUGGUGCACCAUGGCCUACUUUAGGGCUAAAGGUAAAUCAAAUGGUUUCGUGGACUUUUUAUCAUCAUAGAUAUUGCACCGACAUUUUGUCGCAACCUAACUCUCAGAGAAAUACAUAAUCAGUUCACAUGUCAGAUGGAUUGGUGCACCAUGGCCCACUUUAAGGCUUUUCUAUUCAGAAUGUGUGUUGUAUCAAUUCAGAGUGCACAAUAUGCUUCCAGGUUGAAUUUCACUGUCCGACGGGCGUAUAUUGUACCGUUUGUUGAAUUUCACUGUCCGACGGGCGUAUAUUGUACCGUUUGUUGAAUGUCACUGUCUGACGGGCGUAUAUUGUACCGUUUGUUGAAUUUCACUGUCCGACGGGCGUAUAUUGUACCGUUUGUUGAAUUUCACAGUCCGACGGGCGUAUAUUGUACCGUUUGUUGAAUUUCACUGUCUGACGGGCGUAUAUUGUACCGUUUGUUGAAUUUCACAGUCCGACGGGCGUAUAUUGUACCGUUUGUUGAAUUUCACUGUCUGACGGGCGUAUAUUGUACCGUUUGUUGAAUUUCACUGUCCGACGGGCGUAUAUUGUACCAUUUGUUGAAUUUCACUGUCCGACGGGCGUAUAUUGUACCAUUUGUUGAAUUUCACUGUCCGACGGGCGUAUAUUGUACCAUUUGUUGAAUUUCACUGUCCGACGGGCGUAUAUUGUACCGUUUGCGGUACUCUGCUUCAUUCAAUUUUCAGACAGUUAUGCCAAGCUAUUUGUGUGUUGUUUAAGUCCAUUGGAUAAUUUCUCACUCGUCAGCUGUUUGUGUGUUGUUUGAUUAAGUCCAUUGGAGAAUUUCUCACUCGCCAGCUGUUUGUGUGUUGUUUGAUUAAGUCCAUUGGAGAAUUUCUCACUCGCCAGCUGUUUGUGUGUUGUUUGAUUAAGUCCGUUGGAGAAUUUCUCACUCGCCAGCUGUUUGUGUGUUGUUUGAUUAAGUCCAUUGGGGAAUUUCUCACUCGUCAGCUGUUUGUGUGUUGUUUAAGUCCGUUGGAGAAUUUCUCACUUGCCAGCUGUUUGUGUGUUGCUUUAAGUCCAUUGGAGAAUUUCUCACUUGCCAGCUGUUUGUGUGUUGUUUAAGUCCAUUGGAGAAUUUCUCACUCGCCAGCUGUUUGUUUGUUUGAUUAAGUCCAUUGGAGAAUUUCCCACUCGCCAGCUGUUUGUGUGUUGUUUAUGUAGAGACGCUUUGCCAGCUGUAGGUGAAACAUAAUAAAAUUUGACCUACGCAUGACGCUUACGAUCAUAACAGUGAUGAGUUUAUUUUGUGCUAACGCCUACCGUGACCUCAAUUCUUUCCGAAAGUCCCGAGAGUUUUACCUCGAAUGUCGGGAGCUUGGGGAAGGAACAGUCGCUAUCUAUACGUUACACGUUUUGGAUUGGCAAGGUGUCGUGAUUAAGAAUCAAGCCCGGGCCGGGCCUUCUUGAUCGCCCUAACCACAAGGCUACAGACCACUAGGCUACAGAGACUGGCUAUGGCCAUUUGUUAUUAUUAUGUCCCAUAAUCCGAGAUUCAGUGGCAUAUGGUUUUCGGUCCGUGCGUCUUUUUGUCCGCCAUAACUUUUGAAUGGAUGGCGAUAGGGCUUGCAUAUUUCAAAUGUACGUUUAAUUAAAAGAUAAUUUUGUUUAAAUAUUUCACAUGUGUAUUUCUUGUGACAAGACCUUAUUUUGGAUACCAAAAUUUUCACCUGACCUUUACCUUUGAAUUUGACCUACUUUUGAAAAACUACUUGGUCUAACAUGUAACAAUUACUAUUAGGGCAUUCAUCCAUCACAAAUGUAUUUCUUAUGACAAUACCUUUCUUUUCGGACCUUGGAGUUUGGACAUACGGGGGCAUCAGUGUUUCACAAACACAUCUUGUUUUUGUUUGAAACAUAUUUUAUUGAUUAAAUCAAAAGGAUUGGGAACAUGUUCUAACAGCUUACAAGUCCCUCUCCUAAGAUAUUACAAUAUGUCAUGGAAGGUAAUAAUUAAAAUGUACAAUGAUUAAACGAAUCUACAAGUUUAUUCUAUAAAUUUAUGAACAACUGAAAAAAUAUUUACAUUAGUUUGCAAAGGCAGAUAACAAUUUUGUAUCAAUAUUAAGCAAGUCAAGCAUGAAAAGGCGAUUAAAAAGAUUAUUUCUAGCUCUAGAGUAACUUUUACAAGCGAAAAAGAAAUGAUAUACAUAUUCAUUAAUAUGUCCACAUGUACAAAACGGAGAAUUCGUAAUAUUUCGUUUAUAAUCUUGUUUUUACGACAUUUCUGUAUAUUAUGACAGUGUCUUAUUCCUCCUCAAACUUUUAGAGUGUAUUGGUCUUACCAUGUCUAUCUGUUACUGGGACAAUGGUUUUACCAUGUCUAUCUGUUACUGGGACAAUGGUUUUACCAUGUCUAUCUGUUACUGGGACAAUGGUUUUACCAUGUCUAUCUGUUACUGGGACAAUGGUUUUACCAUGUCUAUCUGUUACUGGGACAAUGGUCUUACCAUGUCUAUCUGUUACUGGGACAGUGGUUUUACCAUGUCUAUCUGUUACUGGGACAGUGGUUUUACCAUGUCUAUCUGUUACUGGGACAAUAGUCUUACCAUGUCUAUCUGUUACUGGGACAGUGGUUUUACCAUGUCUAUCUGUUACUGGGACAAUGGUUUUACCAUGUCUAUCUGUUACUGGGACAGUGGUUUUACCAUGUCUAUCUGUUACUGGGACAGUGGUUUUACCAUGUCUAUCUGUUACUGGGACAGUGGUUUUACCAUGUCUAUCUGUUACUGGGACAGUGGUUUUACCAUGUCUAUCUGUUACUGGGACAGUGGUUUUACCAUGUCUAUCUGUUACUGGGACAAUGGUUUGAUUUCACCUCGUUAAAUGAAGAUUUGAUAUUGUACAUGUAACCAAAGACCUAAUAAUAUACACUGUGUUACAUAUUCAGAUUGGCAUCUCCUCCUUUUCACAUGAAUAUUGAUGAAAAUCAAAGUCAACGGAAUUUAGUGUAACCUGUAACAGGUGAAAUGAAUGACUGAAACUCAUAUUUUUCUGGUCUUCAGCUACCCGGUACACGAUGAUUGAUUCAAAUAUACUCCCAUUAUGGCUGAGCCCCGCUGGAGGGUAUUAGUCCUGUAAGGAUAAGCCUAAUCUUUGUAAAAACAAUAUUCAUAUAUUUUUAUAUCAAGAAUUUUAUAACAGAAAUACAUUGCUAUUGUGCGUGAUUUCGAUGUAUUGUCGUGUGAAAAAGAAGCCAAUUUUUCAUUAAUAUCUCAAUAAUAGAAAUCGACUAUUUAAUCUUUUUAACAAUACAUGUACAUGUAUGCCAGUAUUCGCUUAGCUCUGUUAAUGUUGUUUGGGUUGGAUGAUUUUCAGACAUUUUACUUUCACGAUCAACGAAUGAUAAACUGUUUACAGAUAUAAGCCCAGAAUUCAUUUACAUCACAGGAAAGAUUGAUAUUUUCAGUAUGCGUGUUAAAUACGUGUUCAUAUUUGAUAAAAUACAACACAAAUGUAUGUUUCUUUGUACAUUAAAUUCUUCUGUAACCUUACAGUUUGAAAUUGCAGUAAACUUUGUGUCUUAUUUUAAAUCCUGAUUUAUAAUCACGUGCUCAGUGAUGAUUGUGCAUGUAGAAAAAAGGGUCCAUGGGCCACAUCGCUCACCUGAGCAGCAGUUCCUAGCUAUAAACAAGCUUGAGCAAAACUAUCAUUAUACAAGCAGCUUGGUUCAGGAAAAAACCUUUUCAAAGGUUACGACUAGAUAUUCAUUAAUUAUCAAACUUAAUUAUUAAACUUGACUAUAAAUUCAUUAAAUAUCACAUACCUUUGUAGAUGGGUAUGUCCUUUUAUAUUACAUCUAAGGAUACUUUGUGCCAUUUAGUUUGGUUCCCUUCACAUGUAAAAGGGUCUAUUGGUUUUACCAUGUCUAUCUGUUACUGGGACAAUGGUUUGAUUUCACCUCGUUAAAUGAAGAUUUGAUAUUGUACAUGUAACCAAAGACCUAUAUACUGUGUUACAUAUUCAGAUUGGCAUCUCCUUUUUACAUGAAUAUUGAUGAAAA